CCUGCUUUAAGAAGAUUUUAAAUUUUCGGGUCACUAAAACCAGAAUCCGGUCUCUGAGGAGUUUGGCUACAACAGAGCUAGUCCCACCAUUGAGGUGCAAAUAAAGUUGGAGAAACUAUAGCAAAAUUCUGCGUUGAGAAAGGGAUCACAAAUUUUGAAUGUAGAUGACACGGCUAGGAACAAUGUUGACUUCUUUCUCCAGAAUGUUGUGAGUUGUUCUUACCCCUUUUAAUGCAUCUCAAGAAAUAUUGUGUAUUUCAUAUCAUCUAUCCAAUGCAUAUACAUUGAUGUAAGCGAAACUGGUUGAUGUUUAGGAAUCUUUGAAGGGGGUAAGACAUCAAAUUGCCCUUUUUCAGGAGACAUGUACAAGUGCUUGUAAAAUUAGGACAAGCUGACAUAACAGAGAUGGUGGAGUGUAGGGAGUUCAUGUCUGUGAAGGAGAGAUGCAAUGUGGUUGGAAGUUAAGUAACUGAUAGUCUAUAAAUAGAAAAGGUGCAAGGUGUAUGCUUACCCUGGAGCUGAGACGUAGCAGAAUAGAUCUUGUUUUCCUUUUCUCCUCCUGGCCAAGUCUCAUCCCUCGCUUGGCAAUGCAAUGGUUCCGUAGGGAGGGAUACUGCUUGGACCUACUGCUCUGGGACGAAGCAAGAUGUACAUUGACACCAUCUUCCCAGACAAGAGCCUGACCGUUUUAGACACUCUCGCAAACAUCGGUCUUCUGUUUUUCUUGUUUCAUUGGGGUUGCCUUAUCAAUCACUGACUUCCCUGUGCUCGCUGGUAUCCUAGCUGAGCUAAAGCUUCUAACAACCGACAUUGGACGUAUGGCUAUGUCUGCAGCCGGAGUGAACGAUAUCGCAGCUUGGAUACUCCUCGCGCUUGUGAUUGCUCUCUCGGGAGAUGACAGUUCUCCUCCUGUACCCCUCUUUGGGUUCUUCUCUCUGGAUCUGGUUUUGUGAUAUUUGCAGUUGUGGCAAUCAAACCUCUCCUUGGUUAUAUGGCUUGACGCUGUCCCCCGAAGGAGAGCCUGUGAAGGAACUCUAUGUCUGUGUCACUCUAACCUUGGUUUUAGCGGCGAGCUUUGUGACAGACACUAUUGGGAUACACGCGCUGUUCGGGGUGUGUGUUGUAGGUAUAGUGACUCCUAAAGGACCUUUCUGCAGGAUUUUGACAGAGAAGAUCUUCUACCGCUUUAUUUUGCGCGGUCUCAAAACCGAUGUAACAACGAUCAGAGGAUCACAAUCAUGGGGACUUCUAGUUCUUGUCAUAAACAUCGGCAAGGACCAGAAGGUGCUGAAUGAUCAAGCGUUUGCGAUCUUAGUCCUAAUGGCGCUGGUCACAACCUUCAUCACAACUCCGCUUCUGAUGGCGAUUUACAAGCCUGCGAGGAGAGGAGCACCGUACAAGCAUAGAACAAUCCAGAGAAAAGAUCAUGACUCCGAGCUACGGAUACUCGCUUGCUUCCACAGUACACGCAACAUCCCUACGUUGAUCAAUAUGAUCGAGUCAUCAAGAGGGACAGGACAAAGAGGACGUCUCUGCGUCUACGCUAUGCGUCUAAUGGAGCUCUCUGAACGGUCAUCAGCGAUAGCUAUGGUUCACAAAGCUCGUUUGAAUGGACUCCCGGCGUGGAACAAGGUCGAGAGAUCGACUGAUCAAAUGGUGAUCGCCUUCGAGGCUUACCAGCAUCUCCGAGCGGUAGCGGUUAGACCGAUGACGGCGAUCUCUGACCUUAGCAGCAUCCACGAGGACAUAUGCACAAGCGCGCACCUGAGACAGGAAAAUGGAUAG